GGGCAUUUUUUGUGCCUUAUGUGCUGUUUCUCUUCACCUGUGGGAUUCCACUUUUCUUUUUGGAGACCUCACUGGGUCAGUUCACCAGUCAGGGUGGAAUAACGUGCUGGAGGAAGAUCUGUCCACUAUUUGAAGGUCUCGGUUAUGGUAGCCAAGUCGUUGUCCUCUAUACUGGAGUCUAUUACAUUAUAAUUCUUGCUUGGGCUUUCCUUUACCUCUUUUCAUCCUUCAGCUCAGAGCUGCCAUGGGCGAGCUGCAACAACUACUGGAACACAGAGAACUGCAAAGAGUUGAGAAAAAGCAACAUUACUGAAUAUUCUCCAGAGAAAAGCACAUCUCCUGUUAUUGAGUUUUGGGAGAGAAGAAUUUUGGGCUUGUCUGAGGGAAUAGAACAGAUUGGUAAUGUUAGAUGGGACUUGGCACUCUGCCUUCUGCUGGCCUGGAUCAUCUGCUACUUCUGUGUGUGGAAGGGAGUGAAGUCCACAGGCAAGGUGGUCUACUUCACUGCGACUUUUCCCUAUUUAAUGUUGGUAGUGCUGCUGGUCCGUGGAGUUACUCUUCCUGGAGCAAAGAAUGGCAUCAUUUUCUACCUCUACCCUGAUCCAACACGUCUCACAGACCCACAGGUGUGGAUGGACGCAGGUAGUCAGAUAUUUUACUCCUAUGGUGUUUGUACAGGAGUACUGACUGCUUUGGGAAGCUACAACAAAUAUGACAACAACUGCUAUAGAGACUGUGUAUACUUGUGUCUGCUCAACAGCUUAACUAGCUUUGUGGCUGGUUUUGCUAUAUUUUCGGUCCUGGGCUUCAUGGCAGAUGAACAGGGAAUGGAUAUUUCAAUGGUUGCAGAGUCAGGUCCUGGUUUGGCAUUCAUUGCUUACCCCCGUGCUGUAGCUUUGAUGCCCCUGCCUCAGUUAUGGGCAAUCUUCUUCUUUAUCAUGAUCAUAUUCCUGGGACUGGAUAGUGAGUUUGUGUAUCAUGAAGCCCUGGUAACGGCUAUCUCGGAUAUGUAUCCCUCCUUCUUCCAAACUGGACAUCGGCGUAAAUUUCUUCUCCUCUUCAUAAGUGCUGCCAGCUUCCUUGUUGGUCUGCUAAUGGUAACAGAGGGUGGCCUGUAUGUCUUCCAGCUUUUUGACUAUUACGCCUGUAGUGGAAUGACUCUUCUUACUUUUGCUAUCCUUCAGUCCAUCUGUGUUGGAUGGGUAUAUGGUGCAGAACGCCUCUAUGAUAGCAUUGAGGAUAUGAUUGGAUAUCGGCCCUGGCCCUUCAUGAAGUGCUGCUGGAAAUAUCUAACACCAGCUAUAUGCACAGGAACAUUUAUCUUCUCCUUGGUUAAAUACACUCCUCUGAAGUUCAACAAUGUGUAUGAGUAUCCCUGGUGGGGUUAUGCGAUUGGUGGCUUCUUCACCCUUUCCUCCACUCUAUAUAUAUAUAUAUAU